CAGCCCUUUCCCGUCCGGGGCGCGCGCGGCCAGGCCGGCCCCGGCGCGAGCCUGCGGCGCCCCCGUUCGGCUCCCGCUGGUUCGGCCGCCGCGCGCGCCGCCGUGCGCGCCGCCCGCGCUCCUGCAGCGGCGAAGCUGGCAGCCGGGGAGCCAAUUAGCGCUCCGCGAGGCAGCGGCUACUUCCUCGUCUGCCCGGCUGCGCGCUCUGGACAGCUCUGUCGGCCGCGGGGCGGGGCGGGGCACUUCGCCGAGCUGCUCUGCCUGCCUCUGCUCGUCCGGCUUCCCGGGGUGGACGCAGGUCCUUGAAGGCGCACCACUGCAAACCAGACAUAAAGAAACUCUGAGGCGCCCGGAGUGCCGGCUGGAGGGGCAUUCGGUUGGCUUUUCGUGCGUGGUCUUUAGAAUCAGCCGCUCCAGGAAGAGAGAUGUCCAAGCCGCCACCCAAACCGGUCAAACCAGGGCAAGUUAAAGUGUUCAGAGCUCUUUAUACGUUUGAACCCAGAACUCCAGAUGAAUUGUACUUUGAAGAAGGUGAUAUUAUCUACAUUACUGACAUGAGUGAUACCAAUUGGUGGAAAGGCACCUCCAAAGGCAGGACGGGACUAAUCCCAAGCAACUAUGUGGCUGAGCAGGCAGAAUCCAUUGACAAUCCAUUGCAUGAAGCUGCAAAAAGAGGCAACUUGAGUUGGUUGAGAGAGUGUUUGGACAACCGAGUAGGUGUUAAUGGCUUGGACAAAGCUGGAAGCACUGCCCUGUACUGGGCUUGUCACGGGGGUCACAAAGAUAUAGUGGAAAUGCUGUUUACUCAACCAAACAUUGAACUGAACCAACAGAACAAGUUGGGAGACACAGCUUUGCAUGCUGCUGCCUGGAAGGGUUAUGCAGAUAUUGUCCAGUUGCUUCUGGCAAAAGGUGCUAGAACAGACUUAAGAAACAAUGAGAAGAAGCUGGCCCUGGACAUGGCUACUAAUGCUGCCUGUGCAUCUCUCCUGAAAAAGAAACAGGGAACAGAUGCAGUCCGAACAUUAAGCAAUGCCGAGGACUAUCUUGAUGAUGAAGACUCAGAUUAAUUCCUUUCCAGAGCUUUGAGAUCUAAAACUUGUGUUGCUUUUGCCAUUUCAAAACCUUGUCUUUGCCAGAAGAGUGUUGGUAACUGUAAAAAAAGAGAAAAAAAAGUCUAUAUGAACGUGGCAGUAUUGCGCUGUUUGAAUAAAACAUGUAAAUGAAUAGGUCUCACCUUCAGUUUGCCAAUAAGUGACUGGAUAUUUUGCUGUAUAAAGUACAUUUUUGUUCACCAGAGUAGAACAAGAAGAGAUUAUUUCUAUUUAUCAAGCUUAAAAGAAUUUUAAGAAAUUUUUUCUUUAAAAAAAUCGGGAUUUUUUUUUUUUAAAGUUCUUUACCUCAAGGAUUGAGAUAUUUUGAAUGGAUUUUUCAAGGGGGGAAUGCUUAUUAUAAUAAUAAACUGAAAGACUUAAUAGAAAAUCGUCAGCUAUUCUGACAAAAAUAAACAUUUUAAGAGACUUUAUUUCCUUUGUUUGUGGUAUCACUCUUUGCUGGUAAAUAAAUAAAGGUUUUUAUAUUUAUAUUUA